AUGGUUUCAAGCAAAGUGAUAGGUAAAGGCUUACCCUCAAAAGAUGUUACCAUGUGCCACGUGAAAAAGAUGUUAUUUUGCCUUCCUGCUCCAGCAGCAAAGAAUGGCGGUGUGCGAAGAGUAUUUUGGUCACUUAAAGUCAACCCGGCUUUCCAAAAAAAAAACAAAAAAGAAAAAUGA